AUGGCAGUUUUUCAAAAACACUACAUUUUCCUUUUCCUUAUUCUUGUUUUCUUUUCACUUCUAUCCACAAUCAUAUCAUCAAGAAGGACAGAAGCAGAAGCUCUUCUAAAAUGGAAGAAUAGCUUGUUAUCUUCUAAUAAUUUCAUCACUUCAUGGUUUGUCACCGACAUAAAAAAUCAUUGCAACUGGACUGGCAUUGUUUGUCACAGUGUUGAAAUUGUAUCCGAGAUCAACUUGUUCGAUUCAAAUUUGAAUGGAACACUUACCCAAUUCAAUUUCAUUUCAUUUCCAAAUCUCACCCAUUUCAACCUCAGUAGGAACCAACUCAAUGGGCCAAUUCCAUUUACAAUUGGCAAUCUCUCCAUGCUUGUUGUUUUGGACUUGAGUUCCAAUAAUUUUAAGGGUAUCAUACCUUUAGAGAUUGGGUUUUUGACAGAGCUUGGGUACCUUAGUUUUCUCAGUAACAAUCUCAAUGGCAUACCUAUGUUGACUCAUCUUUACUUUGAUUCCAAUCAACUUAUCUCUGAAUUUCCAGAUUUUAUACUCCAUUGCCCCAACCUCACUUUGCCUUAUUUUUUAUACAACCAUUUCACUGGCUUAAUACCUGAGUUGGUAUUCACCAAUCUUACCAAGCUUGAAUAUCUUAAUCUUACUAGUAAUUCAUUUCAAGGGUUAUUAUCAGCAAAUAUUUCAAAGUUUUUGAAGCUCAAAGAUCUUGGUCUAGGUAACAACCAGUUUGUUAGUUCAAUUCCUGAGGAGAUUAGAUUAGUUUCAGAUCUUCAAAUCAUUUCACUGUCUAACAAUACAUUCCACGGAAAGAUUCUUUCUUCCAUAGGCCAACUCAGAAAGCUUUUAGGACUUGAUCUACAAAUAAAUGACUUAAAUUCUUCAGUUCCUUCUCAGCUUGGCUUAUGCACUGAGCUCACACUCUUGAGUCUUUCUAUGAAUUUACUUACCGGACCCUUACAUUUGUCCCUAUCCAAUCUGUCCAAGAUAUCUCUAUUUUCCAUAUCCGAUAAUUUUCUUUCCUGCAAGAUCUUACCUUAUCUUGUCACCAAUUGGACUGAAUUGGAAUUUUUAAACCUUCAAAACAAUUCCUUCACUUGUAAAAUUCCACCUGAAAUUGGCCUAUUGACAAACCUCACAUUCUUGGAUCUGUCUGUGAAUUCACUUAUCGGACCCUUACCUUUGUCCUUGUCCAAUCUGUCCAAGAUAUUUAGUUUGUAUAUAUCGGAUAAUUUUCCUUCCGGUGAGAUCUCACCUUAUUUUGUCACCAAUUGGACUAACUUAGAAACUUUACAACUUCAAAAGAAUUCCUUCAUUGGUAAAAUUCCACCUGAGAUUGGAGUCCUACACAAAUUAUGGUAUUUGGACAUUUCGGCAAACCAACUCUCAGGUCCAAUUCCUCUAACAAUUGGGAAUCUCACAAGCCUCAGUUCCUUGAACCUCUUUGACAACUAUCUUAAUGGAACAAUUGCACCUGAGAUUAGGAAUUUGAAACUGCUGGAUGCUUUUGAUAUGAGCAAAAACAAAUUAAAUGGUGAAAUCCCAGCUCAGGUAGGUCACCUAACUCAAUUGUCCUAUCUAAACCUCGAAUCAAAUGAAUUCAUGGGUGAAAUACCACCUACCAUUUACAACUUGAGCUCCCUCCAUGUUCUUAAUCUAUUUAAUAACAGGUUGGUUAAUGUAAUUCCACAAUGUCUGGGAAACUUUAGCCAUGAACUCUCUGUGCUAGAUCUGCGAAUGAAUCACUUUCAUGGGACUAUUGCAGCAAUAUUUACAAAGUGUAAUAAUUUGAGAAAUCUCGACUUGAGUGGAAAUCACUUGGAAGGGCCAGUGCCGCAAAGUUUGGUCAAUUAUAGACAAUUGGAAGUUAUUGAUCUGGCCAACAACAACAUAAUUGACACAUUCCCCCAUUGGAUGGAUGAUCUUCUUGAGCUGCAGGUUCUUGUCCUACGAUCUAACAGAUUUGGAGGUGCAAUAGAUACUUCCACCAGUAAACUGCCCUUUCCUAAGUUGCGAAUAAUCGACCUCUCUCACAAUGAGUUCGCCGGCCCCUUGCCUACAAAAUAUUUCAAGAAUGUCAAAGCUAUGAUGAAUGUUGAUGAACAUAAAGUGGGUCGUGAAUACAUCGGGGAGAAGUACAAUUAUUAUCGAGAUUUAGUUAAGGUGGUGGUGAAAGGGCUAGAGCUUGAACUUUCAAGAAUCCUAACCAUCUUCAUACCUAUUGAUUUAUCGAGCAACAAUUUUCAUGGGGAGAUUACUGACUUCAUUGGAAUGUUUCAUUCGCUACGGUUGCUCAACUUAUCUCACAACAGUAUUACAGGACAUAUUUCAUCGUCUCUGAAAAAUUUGACUCGGCUAGAAUCAUUAGACCUCUCUUCAAACCAGUUAGUGAGGGAGAUUCCUUGGCAACUGACAAGCCUAACAAUUCUUUUAAUCUUAAACUUUUCGCAAAAUCAUCUUGUUGGACCAAUACCUCAUGGUCAACAAUUUGAUAAAUUUGAAAACAAUUCAUACUCUGGAAACCAGGCAUUGUUCGAUUUUCCAUUGACAAAGAAAUGUUUCUUGGCAUGCCCAUCCGGUUCCAUCAGAAUCGGUACCAACUUUUUUCAGGCCAAACAUAGUGGCACGCUCGGUGGGACAACCGGGGAAAAAAUCUUUCUUAUGGCAUAUCUGAGCUUUGAACAUGAAGAGUACUACCGAAGGGUGGCCGAAGAACGUAAAAAGUAUUUCCGAGCUAUAUCACAGGUUUGUCAUGAUGUUUUUACUAACAAUUGGCAUCAUUUUGGGUUUUGUCAUGGUACGGCUCAGGCUGGUCAAUCAGCCAUUCCGGUGGACAUGCCAAGUACGUUUGUUGAGGGGAGUCCUUCUCAACAGCCUGUGCAUUCCAUGCCACAGGUACAAACAGUGCAGGUGCCACCUGCACAACACGGAAAAUCUUUUCAAGAUCUUGCCCAAAGUUUUAGAGAACACGACAAAUAUUUUCAAGAUCUUGUCGAUAUUUUAAAGGAACAGGCUAUUGAACUUUUUAAUCAAAGUUCACGUGCCACUCUAGAAGUUCAACUAGUGCAUAAUGCACUUCAGAUUCCACUAGCAGUGAAGUUGAUUCCGCCAGUAGUGAAGUCGAUUCCACCACCACUUCUAUUGCAGGUGCAGGUUCUAACUAAGGUGCAUAAACUUCCACCAGCAGUAGCUCAACCACUUGGUGUUGCCUCAAAAGGACAAGUUAAAAUGUGUUAA